AUGAGAUUGAUCCAGUGGAUCGGAUUUCUCUAUGCGUUGACAGCUUACGCUUUGUCUUUGCAAAGCACGCCUACAGCGAGCGACGCUGCUCGAGCAUCAGCUGCCCAGGCUAACUUGCCCUUCUAUACGGUUUGUCUCGCUGACAUUAACACAAAUAUGCCUGCAUACAGUUCGUAUAUGGUGGAUAACAACAGGCAGCUUCCUCCGGCGGUUGCAAAUUACUACUUUCACGCUGUUACUCUCGCGAGUACAGCCGAUUUAGAAGCAGACAUUGCAAAUUCGUUUCCCUUUACAGAGUUCCAAACGUUUAUCACCCAGUUCCCAUGGUACGACUCCCUAAAGCAGAAAGCCUCCGUGUCCACCGUAUACCUGCCUCAAGACUUCAUGACCAGCUCGAUCCCGACAAGUGGCCGCCAGACCACAGUAACGGCAGCGACUACAACUGGUCAAACCGCUUCAAGUGAUAAUCAUUCAGCAACUGAGAACAAAGCCGUAAGUAUCAACCCAAGCCUUUUUGCUCUGAUUUUAGCAGUCUUUGGAGCUUUUCUUGCCUAA